GGUUCAGGAGGCAAUCUGGUGUGUCAUUCCAUAUUCUUGAAAUUUCCUCUUAUAAAUUUCCCUCUGACAGAUUCUCUAUGCAUCUCUCCAAGCUAGGCAGAUUUCCAUGAAGUUGGGUAUACUAUGUAGUUCAGUAAUUUGCACUUUAGUUGCUAGUUUUGCCUUGAUUGCUCUUUUCUGUGACUUUUUCAACUUUUUCAUUUGCUUGCCAAUAGCUGCUUUUCACAAAAUUUGGCCUGGCUUUUUAACUUGCUGCUUUUCUGCCUUUUUCGACUUGUAG